AUGAAGCUCUUCACAAUUUUCACAGCCGCAAGCCUCCUGCAGUGUGGAACUACACAAGACACCCUUAGUUCCGGUGACACUACCUUGAACGGAACAUUUGACUAUGCAGGACAUCAUAACCUACGGUACGACACGGGUAGCUAUGGACCCUCAGUAGAAGAAUACCAUUACUUCUAUGACCAAUGGCCUAUUGGGCUGGCGAUCUCCAAAACAGGCCGAGUCUUCACAUGUUACACACGCGGCACCUACGCCUACACACUCGGAGAAGUAGUUAAUCAAACUGCGGAAACACCAUACCCUUCCCUGCAGCUGAACACGCCUCCAGGAGGUCUCUACAGCGAAUCAAAUGGCAUACAAUUCGGGUCUUCACUCCAGGAUUAUUUCAUUUCAGUUCAAGCACUUUUUAUAACACCCGAUGAUACGCUGUGGGUUCUCGAUACUGGGCGUCCGACAAUUAAUGAGAGUCAAGCCCCCAGUAUGCCAUAUGCUGUUCCUGGAGGUCCGAAAUUGGUCGCAAUCAAUCUAUCUAAUAACUCUAUAACUCGCACAUACACAUUUCCUUCCGAUGUUCACUACCCAGACUCUUACCUCAAUGAUCUGAGAUUUGAUCAACGCAAAAAUAUUACUGAGUCAGGGGGCGGGAUUGCGUAUUUGGUUGAUUCGAGUAAUGAGGGAAGGAAUGGGUUUAUAAUAUUGGAUUUGGGGACUGGAGAGAGUUGGAGGAUGUUGAAUCAACAUAAGAGUGUUUUGAGGGUGCAGGAGGAUGUACCGAGUUAUAAUGGACUGCCGUUCUAUCUAAGAGAGACAGGGAUGGGAGCGGGGUUUCAGCAAGAGGGAUUGGACGGGUUGGAAUUGGGAUUGUGGGGUGAUGUCCUCUACUAUUCCCCUUUGACAUCUAAUACUCUCUACAGCAUCCCCACUUCCUACCUCCUAAGCAAUCCAUCUACCUCUUCUAUCGCCUCCAAGCUCGCAAUGGACAACGUUCACAAUCUUGGCCAACGUGGCGGGAAUGCUAAUGGCUUCGCAUCCGACUCUCUAGGAAACAUCUACAUGCUCAUGCCCUCCUCAAACGCAAUCUACAUCUGGAACAGCACCAUAUCGCAAGCAGUGCCAUUUGUGAGAGAUCCGCGGAUUAUCUGGCCCGAUAGCGCGAAUGUUGGGUUUGAUGGUUACAUGUAUUGGAACGUUAAUCAGUUGCCGUAUCAGCCGAAUUGGAAUGAAGGGGUUGAUCGGAGGGUUAAACCGGGGGUCAUGUUGAGGUGUAAAUUGCCCGUGGGGGCGGGGAAGAAUAUGAAUUUGGGAUAG